AGUAUCAGCCAUAGUAUGUAGAACAGUGCAGUGGGAUCUUCAAAAGUUUUUGCAGACAUGGCAAGUGAGCAGUGUAGCUUCAACCAGAGAUGGUCCUUAAAGGGGAUGACAGCUUUGGUGUCUGGCGGCACCAGAGGCAUUGGGGCUGCCAUAGUGGAGGAGCUGGCUGGGUUCGGGGCGGAGGUUUAUACCUGCUCUCGGAAUCAGGAAGAGCUGGACCAGAAAGUGCAAGAAUGGCAGGCUAAAGGCUUCAAAGUUUCCGGUUCAGUCUGCGACUUAGCCUCAAGAGAACAAAGAAAACACCUCAUUCAUACUGUAUCUUCCCUCUUCAAUGGCAAGCUCAAUAUCCUUGUGAACAACGCUGCAAUUAGUAAGAUGGGGAAAUCAAGUGAUUAUGAGGCAGAAGAGUUUUCACGAAUAAUUGAAGCAAAUGUGGAGUCACCCUACCACCUGACGCAACUCGCAUACCCUCUCCUCAAAACCACUGGAAACGCCAGCGUCGUCUUCAUUUCCUCUCUUGCAGGCCACGUUGCAUUGCCUGCAUUUUCCGUUUAUGGAUCCUCCAAAGCUGCUAUUAAUCAGCUUACGAAGAAUUUGGCAUGCGAAUGGGGAAAUGAUGGCAUCAGAGUCAAUGCUGUUUCCCCAUUCAGCGUACGGACUGCACCCAUAAAACUCGAGGAAAUUGAUCCAUCAAUAGUGAAAAUUUAUCCUGAAAUUAUGAUGAGAACUGCACUGAAGCCAAUGGCAGAAGCUAAUGAGAUAUCUCCAUUGGUAGCAUUCCUUUGUCUUCCUGCAGCUGCUUCACACGUCACUGGUCAGGUUAUCCUCAUCGAUGGAGGCUACACAGCUGGAGGCUUCCACUUCUAAAUUUUUUUAGCACUAACACAAUCACUUAUUUCACUAUAUGUACUCAUCCGGUCCAAUGGCACAAUUAUGCUCUUGAAUUUAAAUAGAGUUAAUUUCACCGGAGGUCCAUUGUUUUUUGUGGCGAUUUUAAAUUUAGUCCCAGACUAUUGUUUUUGUCAUUUAACACUUUCAUUUUUUGGACACUUUUGGUCCUUUUGAUGAUUUUUUUUUUAUAAAAUCCUAUUUUUAGCAA